UUUCUAUAUCGUUUGUGGGUUAGCUUGUUUUGUGGAUUGAUUACUCUGCGGGAAAGUAUUACCCACAUGAGAAAGAUAUGAGCCUAUUUAUCGCUGAACAAUCGCAUAAAAAUAGUUUGAAAUGGCACCCUUAAAAUAUAAACGUAAAUAACUGCCCUUAAAACGGGUCUUUUCAUUAAAAUACGAAGACACGCCUCCUAAACUGUAUUAAAACGACAUAGAAAAGCGAGUUGUGUUGAUAAGCUACAGUUUGUUACUUAAAGUUUGAAGUUUCAUUAAAAUAAGUUGUAAUAAGUAAUUCUGACCGGUGUUACGGUUAUUUCAAUGGUUAAGGAUUUGUCAAAAUUGAUAUUAAAGAGAAAGACGUACGUUUGCCUUCGGUCCUCGUCUUUAUUCAGCUGUUGAUCUGUUAGUGAAGUCGAAUAGGAAAUUAUAUUCAAAUUAUAUACAUUUCUCUCAUUCUAUGUCUGGGACCAAUUUAGUUUGCAUUAAUACCUAAACAUGUGGAUAAUGCCUAACUACAGUAGCCUGUCAUUGCAAGACAACCAGAGGGAGCAUUUCGGAUAGCAGAUUCAGAAAAAAGCUUUUUAACUUAAAUUCAAUUCUUCAGGGAACCACAAAAUCUUGCUACUACUGCUAGCAAUUCGCACAACCGCUUUCCUAUGAUCCAAUCACCUUUCCGCAGAAAAGAACAAAAACAAAGCACUUUAGUAAUCCGUGUUCCAGAUAAUCUUCCUAAAACAGUGCGGCCAUUUAAGGAGAGGCCACACCGUUCGUGGACUUUGUUUAUGCUUUUGCGGCUGCGCUAAAUUCUAAUCUUAGCAUUGUUGCAUAGUUUUCGCUAAUGUAUUGUAUAAUGCCCUCAGUGCUGGUACCUGAUAGUUCCAAAUGGGUCCACACACUACUGGAGUUGUGCUGAACAAAUCGACGAGUUAAAAUAGGUUUCACGGAGACUCGCGAAUCAUUAGACCCAAGAGCGAGGACAGCUUCGUGUGUGAGUCUGCCUUUAGAACAGAAGCUCAGCUGCAGCCCCGCAGAGGAGAACCCGAGGCCUGGGCUUCGCCCCCGCCCCCGGUCAUGGACGACCUGGAGGAGGACCUGACGUGCUCUGUGUGCUACUCGCUGUUCUGCGACCCGCGCGUGCUUCCCUGCUCCCACACCUUCUGCAAGGCCUGCCUGGACAAUGUGCAGCAGGUCUCCGGAGCCUUCUCCACCUGGCGCCUGCUGCGGGUGCCCCUCAAGUGCCCCAACUGCCGCAGCGUGGUGGAGCUGCCCCCUACGGGCGUGGAGGCCCUGCCCGCCAACGUCUCCCUGCGCGCCAUCAUCGAGAAGUACCAGCGCGACUCCUGGCCCCGCCCGCCCUUCUGCCCGCAGCACCCCCUGCAGCCGCUCAACGUGUACUGCGUGCAGGACCGCCAGCUCAUCUGCGGGCUCUGCCUGACGGUGGGCGGGCACCAGGGCCACGCCAUCGACGACCUGCAGGCGGCGCUGGCGCGCGAGCGGGGGGCGGCGGCGCGGCUGGUGGAGCGGCUGACGGACGGGCGCUGGGCGGAGCUGUGCGCGCGGGCGGAGCGGGCGGAGCAGGAGCGGGCGCGGGCCGAGGGGCAGCUGCGCCAGGACCGCGAGGCCGUCGCCCGCUUCUUCCAGGGCCUGGAGCAGACGCUGGCGCGCAAGAGGCACGCCUUCAGCGCCGCCCUGGACGCCGCGGAGGCGGAGCUCGGGCGCGAGUACGAGCCAAUCCUGGAGCGGCUGAAGGGCAUGAAGGAGGAGCAGCUGGAGCUGCUCUCCGACGGCGCGGCGGUGGAGGAGGAGGAGGCGCCGCUGGCCUACCUGCAGAAGGUGCACGCGCUGCGGGAGCGGGUGGAGGCCCUGAUGGACACGCCCCUGCCCCAGGUGCGCCCGCUGUGCGUCUGCCCGCGGGCGGCCGACUUCCUGGAGCAGCAGUGGGCCGGGGUGACCCUCUCUGAGCUGGAGCAGCGCCCCGUCCCGCGAAUCGCCUGCUGCCACGACAGCCGCCACCGCAAGGAGGCCCCGCCCCCCUGCCCGGAGGCCCCCCACCUCUCAGCCGCUCUCCUGAUUGGUCUGCUCGCCCUGCUCAUCUCGCUGUGCCUCGGUCUGAUUGGCUUUCCUCAGGUGUUUGAGCAGGCAGUCAGAGACGCCGCGCUGUGCCUCGCCUCUCUGGCUGCAAACCUGCAGCUCCAGUCCACGUCCCUCCUCUCCUCCCUCUCAGACACAGCGGCUCAGUACCUGGCCUCCAUCGCCGAGAUUUUAUUUGUUUGGUGAUUCAUUUUUUAUUGGGUCAUUUUUUUAAAGUGAAGAGAACUACAUAGAAUAGGGACUUUCAGAAGAUGUUCAGUUUAUAUCAUGAUAUAAGAGCAAAAUAGUGCAUAUUUUACUGUCUUUAUCAAGCUAAGAUGUCUUCUGUACUUUCUGUAGUAAGCUUGCAUGUGUGUUUUUAAUUUUCUUUGGGGGGGGGGGGGGGGGGGUACAAUGCUGGUAUUGUUAUUAUAAUAUAACAAUUAUAGAGUCUGGGCUAACUAAUCAUAGGGCUCCUUCCGAUCACUUUUUUAAAAAAAAUUCAGUUACUCUAAAACAUCGGAGCACAAUUCGGAAGGUAGCGAGAGCUUCGGAACACGUGGAGUUGAAGUCUGACGUGGAGCUCGCUUUGUUUCUGCUGGACAGAAUCGAAAUUUCAGCACUAAUUUAGCUCGACUUGCUGGUAUCCAGGCGGUUAAGUUAGCUUCAGUGAAUGUAGCCAUUCAUUCAGUGGCUAGCACUUAGAGGGAUGCAGUGUUUGCUACAUUAUGUGCAGUAGGUUGUUAGGUAGUUUACGUAGGCUAGCUAGGUAAGUUAACAUUACCUGUCGGAUUGAUCACUUUAGCUAGAACCUGCUUUCAUCUCUCUGCUCUGUGAAAGGCCCUUUUGUAAAACGUCCAGCAGAGUACCGAAUUGGGGACAGGUGUAUCCGGUAACUGUUGGUUACCGUCUCCCAGACUCUUCAGACUGUGUUCAACAAUUUACAUGUAUAAAAAAUAAUUUGCUAACAUUAGGCAUCACAAACCACCGGGUAGAUGGCCAAUUAGACUAGCUAGUGAAUUUAGCAAAACCAGCAUUCAUUCGAUGCUGAACUCCGUGACUAAAUGGAAAGCUGUACCUAGAAAUGUUUUUGCAUGUUCACGGUGAGGUGGGCGUGGCCAACGGACGUUAUGAUUUUAAAGAAGUUUUCAUAACGUCCUGAGCAAGACACCUAACCCCUAAUUGCUCCCAACGAGCUGAUUGGUACCUUGCAUGGCAGCCUUUCACCGUUGGUGGGUGAGUGUGUGUGAAUGGGUGAAUGAGAGGCAUCAAUUAUAAAAAGCGCUUUGGAUAAAAGUGCUAUAUAAAUGCAGUCCAUUUACCAUUUGGUAGUUUUAGUUAGCUGGUGUGUAGCUUUAGCCUGGCCAUACAGCGAUGUGGGGCAGUUUCCCGUGGGUCUCAUGGUCUGGGGCAGCGGGAUAGUGCUGUAAGACCCUGCAGAAGCAGCCUGUACCCUUAUAGUCUAACCCGAUUAACACAAGCUGCUGAGUAAUAUGGGUCAGCUCUGCUUUUAUUACAAAUAAACCAGAGUGCAGCAGUCAGUAGACCAGGAAAGGCCUCUAAUGAAACGCAUUCACGCCAUCUGAUCUGCCACUGUAAAGUUCCCUCUCAACGAUUCCAACUUCGAACUGUUUUUACUAUGUAGUAAAAAAUAAUGUAUUUUCAAAAUUUCCAAUAAAAUCAUCUUUUCUGAUCA